AUGCGUAAUGACGUCACCGGCACAUCCCGGAAGUUGUCGCGGUCAUGGUGGACAGGGGACAGUGUUGGGACUUCAGGACAUGUCGGUGUUUGGACUUCGUGUGAGUCUGCUCUGAGGACAGCGAGCGCAUGUGGUCAGCGUAAGACCUUGUCAUCCAUGCCUGUUGUCCCAGGCCACACACAAGCGGAAGAUAAUGAUCCCAUGAACCCUCUGCGCAUCUCUGUAGGAGGCCUUCCUAUGCUGGCGUCCAUGGCCAAAACCACAGACUCUCGUUUCCGCCUAAAGUGGAGACCCAUAGUCGCUGUGCUGCUCAUUCUAGGUCUGGUUCUGCUGCUUUUCAUGCACCUGAACCCCGGCUUCCACCCCAGAACCUCUACCAGCUGGAACUCCGGUCCCAGGCGGUCCGAUCAGGAGGCCAUUUACAAUGACUCGUACCCCCUCACUCCACCAGAGCGCACUCCACAGGGCACCCGCUACCGCAUCGCCGUCAUUGCUGACCUGGACACAAGCUCACUCAGUGACAAGAAGCUGACCUGGAUCAGUUACAUGCGGAGAGGACAUCUGCUGGUUUCAGAGAGUGGGGACAAAGUGAGUGUGGAGUGGGAUGAAGAUCGUGUGGUGCUGGAGAGCCACCUCGCCGAGAAGGGAAGAGGGAUGGAGCUGUCUGAGCUAGUGGCAUUCAACGGGAAGUUAUACACUGUUGAUGAUCGCACUGGAGUGGUCUAUCUGAUUGAAGGAGACAAAGUUGUUCCCUGGGUCAUUCUGCCCGAUGGGGAUGGCAGUGUUCCCAAAGGUUUUAAAGCGGAGUGGCUUGCAGUGAAAGACGAGCAUCUCUAUGUUGGUGGUCUGGGGAAGGAGUGGACAACAACAGAGGGUGAAUUUGUCAACAAUAACCCUGAGUGGGUGAAAGUGGUGGGCUUCAGGGGAGAUGUCCUGCAUGAGAACUGGGUGCCCCGGUACAAGGCUCUGAAAGCAGCUGCAGGAAUAGAACCUCCAGGUUACUUCAUUCACGAGUCGGCGGCGUGGAGCGACACGCUGCAGCGCUGGUUCUUUCUUCCUCGUCGUGCCAGUACACAGCGCUACGAGGAGACUGCAGACGAGCGGAGAGGCACAAACAUGGUGCUCAGCUGUUCGGCAGACUUUAAAAACGUCCAUGUGAGCCGCGUGGGAGAGCUCAACCCCACCCACGGCUUCUCCUCCUUCAAGUUUGUCCCCAACACAGACGACCAGAUCAUCCUGGCUCUGAAAUCGGAGGAAGACGGCGGGAAAAUAGCUACUUACAUAAUGGCCUUUACUAUUGAUGGACGCUUCCUUCUUCCAGAGACCAAGAUCGGGGAUGUGAAAUACGAAGGGGGACUUCAGAUCCAGACUGGAGUUCAUUCUUCUCUUGGGAAGGAAAAAUGCUCUCCUUCAAAAUGA